UGUUGACAUUGUUGAAAAGUGUCUGAGGGCAGUUACUGCCCUUGCUUCCUAUCAUUAUAGAGAGAAAAUUAUAGGCAAAGAAGGGCUGGCUAAGAUGGCAAUGAGCUCACCACAAUCAACAGGAGAUUUUCAGGACAGUAUUUUAAGUUAUUUCCUUAGGUUGCUGCUACAGUUGCUUCUAUCUCAAGAUUUCAGAAUGGAACUUGCCGGUUCUUCAGCUGAUUGUCUCCUUCCAUUAGUUUUGUGUGAACACGAUCAAUAUCAGAAAAUGGUACAAGAAUUCUUAGACAGACAACAAAGCCCUGCUAUAAUGUCAAGAUUGGCAAGUGCAUUCUCUGCUCUUACAAGCGGAAACAAGCUCUCUUCUUCGCUCGACAGGCCAAAUCGCUUCAAGUUCAGGAAAAAUCUUCAAAUUUUCUUGACUGAAGUUUCUGGCUUUCUCAGUAUCAUCUGAAUGGCUUGGAGGACCACCUGCAAUUGCAUACAUAUUUUAUACAUAUGAAAUUUUGGAGUCUUGCAACUAGGCAAAUUGUCAUUUUUAUAGCGAUAAUUGGCAUUUGCAAGUAAACCUGUAAAUACAAGAGAUGAUGACAGACAAAUUGUGUGCGAUGUAUGGGCUAAAUGUUGAGAUGCUAUGUAUUUUUUGUGAGACCUAGUGUAGUGCUUAUAGGGUUGGGUUUCA